AUGUCUAAUAGUAAACUUCAUGCUUUUGGAGCUCCCAAGUCAUUUGCAAAGGCAUUUUCCAAUGGCUAUCUAAUUGGAGAAGUUCUGUACAAGUUUGAGCUUCAGGAUGAUUUUUCAGAAUUUUCAGAAAGCAGGAUUUCAAGUGCAAAGCUUAAUAAUUUUACUCGCUUGGAGCCAACACUAAACCGUCUGGGUGUGCAGUUUGAUCAGAACAUAGCCCACAGCAUCAUCACAGAAAAGCCUGGGGUAGCAACAAAACUUCUGUAUCAAAUGUACAUUGCUCUUCAGAAAAAGAAAAGAAGUGGACUGGCUGGUGUGGAGAUACCAAGUGUGCAACCCCUGGCAAAACUUCAAAAUAUGAAAAGUGAGGCUUUCCGAGAUCAACGUUUGAGCAAAAGACGGCAAAAUGAAAUAAUGGCCCAAAUCCAAGCAGCUAUCAUACAGAUUCCUAAACCUGCACCAAAUAGGGCUCUCAGGGCACUUGAUGCCCAAAAAAUGAUGAAAAAGAAGAAAGAGGCUGAAGAUGUUGCCAAUGAAAUUAAGAAGUUUGAAGCACUAAUAAAAAAGGAUCUUCAGGCCAAAGAAAGUGCAUCCAAGCCUUCUUUAGAUGCAUCAGGUCAGACAGCUACUGACUUGUUGAACACUUACUCUGAUGAUGACUACAUAAAAAAAAUCCAAAAGCGUCUAGAAGAAGAUGCAUUUGCACGAGAGCAAAGAGAGAAAAGACGGAGGAGACUGUUAAUGGAUCAAUUGAUAGCCCAUGAAGCACAAGAGGAAGCUUAUCGCGAGGAGCAGCUUAUUAACAGACUGAUGCGGCAGUCCCAGCAGGAGCGUAGAAUUGCGGUGCAGCUCAUGCAUGUUCGGCAUGAAAAGGAAAUUUUAUGGCAGAACAGAAUUUUCAGAGAAAAACAAUAUGAGGAACGACGGCUUAAAGAUUUCCAGGAUGCUCUGGAUCGAGAAGCGGCUUUGGCAAAACAAGCCAAGAUGAAUUCUGAAGAACAAGCCCUGAGAGAGAAAGAAGUUCAUGAUCAGAUUGCAGUGGAAAGAGCUCAAGCUCGUUAUGAAAAACAUUAUGCAUUGUGUGCUGAAAUUUUGAACCAAAUACUUGAUUUGUCUACUAAAAUAGCAGAUUAUCGAAUGUUGACAAACAAUUUGAUUCCAGCUAAGAUGAUGAAUGAUUGGAAGGAGCUAUUCUUUAAUGGAAAACCCAUAUACGAGCAAGCUUCUAUUAACACUCUGCCAGCUAAAAUCACUGGAGAUCAACUAGUAGAACUAGAGAAAAGGGACUUAUUGGACCAAAAUGAUUUUGAUGACUAUAAGAACUUUCAUGGAGAAUGGACUAUAGAAGGAGAGAUGGCUGAUAACAUACCAGCCUCCAACAACUCUAUAUUGGGUCAUAUCAUUCACAGGCUAAUUGACAAAUCUUUUCCUUCUAAAGUUGAAUCAGAAACAUCUAAUUUACCUUCAUUUGCAUUGAAAGGGUGCUUACUGGGAAAAACAUUCAGUGGAAAAACUACUGUUCUAAAGUUUCUACAAGAAGAAUUUUCUAUUCAAGUAUUGUCUAUUGAUACUCUUGUCCAAGAAGCUAUCCAAGCUUAUCAUUUCGGAGAAAAGCCCAUUAUGGUCCAUUCAGCUGAGAAAGAAUCAGAAGAGGACAUUUUAACUGCUCCUCAAGACAGUGGUAAAAAUGCCCAGAGUUCUUCGAACAUACUUUUAACUAACUUAGUUUCAGAUGUAUCACUAGAAACUGAAGAUAAGACAAUGCUUAGUAAGAAUGGAAUGAAUAUACCAAAAGAUACAGAAGUCCAAUCAAGUGAAAACAUCUCUGGUCUCAGUGUUCGGGCAAGCCUUGGUGAAAAAUCAGAACGUUUACUGAAGAAAGGAAAAAGCAUUUCUGAUAUUUUGCUAGUUAGCAUCAUGGUAAAUGCUAUUAAGUAUAUACCUAUGAAUCAAAGUUGGAUCCUUGAUGGUUUUCCAAUGACAUUAAACCAGGCAAGGCUUCUGGAAGAAGCUCUCACAGGCCACAGCAGACUCUUCCAACAAGAAACAGAUAAAUCACCAGCAUCUGUGUUGGCUGUUGAUCCUACAGCCUCCAAAGAAGUGACUCUUCAUCCUUCAGCAUUUGAUUUUGUCUUGUUGUUAAAUAUUUCUGAUACUUGUUCACUAACUCGCAUGAAUCAGAUCAUGGCUGAAAGUACUUUAAACAAAACUCCUCAAGAAGAUCUCAGUCAACGUGUAGCUGCUGAAAAGCAAGAUGGAAAUGAAGAUAAGAACUUAAGAGCCCAAAUACAGCAUAGAAUUGUAGGUUUCUUGGACAACUGGCCUUCAUUGGAGCAAUGGUUUACAGAGCCAAAAAACAUUUUGAUACCAGUCAAUGCUGAAAUAGAUGAACAGUCUUUAUGCCAAAAAGUGAAAGAAAUAUUUAUGGCUGAAAUGGUAAAGAAAGAGGAUGAAGUGAAGGCAUACUUAGAAAAAAAGGAAAAUGAGCUGAAAGAAGCUGUCCAGGAAGAGCCUUCUACACCUCCAAUACCUUCUCCUGAAUCAGAAAAAGAGAAGGAAAUGCCUCCUCAGGGUGAGCGUGCCAGAACGUUGAAAGGAAGACAGCCAUCAGAACACCAGCUGAGUAAGACAGCCUCUCCUCGGGAAGAAAAAAAAAAGAAAGGUGAUCCUUCACUAAAAAGAAAAGGUUCUCCUAAAGGGAAAUCAGCAGGAGCGAAAGCACCUGUAAAGACCGAGGCCUUAGAACUACCACCCACACCAUUAAAACCACCAGCGCCUCAGCCAGGAUCAGAAGAUUGGGUCUAUGUGAAUGAACCAGUUCCUGAGGAAAUAUGUUCAUUUUUAGUACCUUACUGGCAAUUAAUUGAAAAUACUUAUAUAGACAACAUCAAAAUAGUACUCAGACAUUUGAGAGAAAACCAACAUACUAUGAUUGCUCAAUUGUAUGAUAUAAGAACAAAUUUCCAGAGAUUUCUAAGACGUCCAGAUCACAAGCAAGAUUUUGUAUCCCAAUGGCAGGCUGACUUCAACUCUCUUCCUGAUGACCUGUGGGAUGAUGAGGAAACAAAGUCUGAACUACACCAGAGAGUAAAUGAUUUACGAGACCGCCUUUGGGACAUUUGUGAUGCCCGGAGGGAAGAGGCCGAGCAGGAGUGUGUGGAUAUCAUUAAUGACAACUGGUUACAGGAUUUGACUGAGCUCACAAUCAACCAUUACUUCUCAAUGAUGCAGGCAGAACUGAACCGUUUCCAAGAUACAAAGAGAUUCCUUCAGGAUUACUAUAGGGGAAUGGAAGGCAAAAUCCCAACAGAAGACAGUAAGAAAUUUACUCGAGUCCCACUGAUCCAACCAGAAAACAAAGACCUUACAGAAAGCCAGGUUAGACUUCCUCUAGUUCCUCGAAUAUCAAUUUCUCCAGAAUCAAGUCAAACCAAACCCAAAACAAAAAUUGAGUUCUCUCUAGAUAAUCUAGAGACAAACUAUGAGGCAGAUGAGAAAUUAAUAACAGAUACAUGGCAGCAGACUUCUUUAGCAGUGUCUCAGAUGUUGGCUGCUGAAAUCCAUCAAAGACUAGAAGAAGAAAAAGAAAUCCAGCAGGCAGAACAAAAGGAGAGAUCUCCUCCAGUGAAUAUAAAUAAAAAAGGCAAAAAGGAGUCACCCAAAGCAAAAAAAGAAGAAAAAAAAGGAAAAGGUAAACAACCAGUUUCAAUGGAAACAUCCCCUGUAACACUUACAGCUGAGGAGCUAGAUGAAAUGGAAAGGAGAAAUGAACUGAGAACCAAAAUAAGGGAAGAACAUUUUGCUGCACUGCAAUUUGAAGAGACAAACACACAAUUUCGACUUCAACUGAUAAAGACAAAAGCCUUGGUUUUCCUUAGAGAUUUAAUAACAAUGGCAGUUAAUGUAUAUAAGCAAAUGGAAUAUUGGUUUGCUCAAAGGUACUUGAAAGAAAUGGCCAGUGUGGAAAAAUUAACUGAAGUAGCUCGUUAUCACAUUGAAAAAUCUACACGAAUUCAGAAUGAGCUGUAUUUAGACCAAGAAGACUUCUUCAUCAAUGGUGAUAUCAAAGUCUUUCCAGAUCCCCUUCCUCCUAAACGUCCUCCCACUGUUGAAAAGGAGGAAAACAUUACCCUGACCAUCGAACAGCUUGAGAACAUUCGAGAUCAGUUUUUAAACAUCGCUCCUAACGGCAUGAUAGGAAGUAAAACCUUCACUGAUAUUCUGCUUGACUUGAUCACCUUGAAUCUUGGCUCAAACUAUUUCCCUAACACUUGGAUGCACUUCACUCAACCUGAUUUGCAGGAAUUGACAUAUUCAUUGAUUGUGAACUCUGAGUUUGUGGACUGGCGGAAGUUUCUGUUAGUGACCUCAAUGCCUUGGCCAGUCCCCACGGAGGAAGAGCUUCUGGAGACAUUACAGAGGUUCAAGGCAGUGGAUGUGGAGCAGUCAGGCACCAUCACGUUCCAGCAAUAUAUGCAGGCUGGUCUAUGGUUUAGGGGAGAAGAAAAUAUAAAAAUUCCAGAAGAUCCUCUUGAACCCUUGCCCUUCAAUAGGCAAAAGCAUCUUAUAGAGUUUUUCUUUAGGCUAUUUGCUGACUAUGAAAAAGACCCACCACUGCUAGAUUACACAGAGAUGCUGCUUUAUUAUGCUGCCCAUCCAAACCCCACAGAAGGAGUCUACCGAGCACUUAGUGUGGCUAUUGGGACUCAUGUCUUUCAACCGAUUGAAACUAUGCCUAUUGCUGUAAAGAUUGACUCCUUUUCCCAUGUAAACACAACUGAGAAAUAUUCUGAAAUUUAUGAAAAAAAUAUUGAGAGAGAAUCCAAAGAGGAACUAGAAGAAAUGGAAGAAAUAGUCCCUGAAAAUUUAAACACAGAAAAUAUUUCUAUAGAAACACUCCUCAAAGUGUUCCGAGGAGGAAAUGAAGCACAAGACUCUAGCAGAUUUGUCAACCACCUAAGGAAAAGAAAUAUUUAUUUAGAGAGCUUUCAAAAAGUCUUUCAUGACCUAGGUGUCAAUGAUAUGGAGUCAAUUGAAGUCGCUGCUCUUUUGAAACAUCCUUUUAUUCAAGACCUGAUUUUAAGUUAUCCAGAUUAUAAACUUCCUGUUAUUAAAAUUAUUUUCCAAAGAUAUGUUUGGCAAGGAAAUGAUGGAGAAAGCUCUCCUUCAAGACUUCCAGAGGAAAAGAAACAAAAACAAAAUAUAUAA